UGAAGCAGGAAAUUCUUGCUCCUCUUUCCUGUCUAUACACUGUCUGUUCACAACUUCUCUUUUGUUAACCUUGUCACAUCUUCUCUAGCUCCCCCUGUGGUUAUCCAGAUAUUUAAGUUGCACUAGUACAAUUACUGUUUUGUAGGUAAAAAGUAGUUGAUUAUCAGUAAUUUCAUGUAGUUUCACUUAAUAGUGUUAAAACUUAAUUGGUUCAUGUGUCUGAUUCUCCUCAAGGACAGGAGCCAGAACACUUACGUCUUAUAAUCCCUUUCAAGACCUGGAAUUGACUGGGCAGGUCAAAGUCACUUAAUAAAGUUCUGUUGACUGAUGAAGCUGAGCUGUUUCCAAGGCAACCAGCAAUUUUGAUCCACCAAGUCUUCUCUGUUCUUUGAAAUGCAGUUGGGUUUCCCCAUUCUCAGUGAGUGCCUCUCAUCCUUGUCACACUUUAGAAAAGUAGGGGAAAACUGCCUUCUCCUUAGGAAACCUUGUUGACCCCGUUGUUACUAUUGAUCCUCUUGGUGAGGUUUAUGUAGUUUAUGUACUGCAGACAGUAGGAUGCCUGUGCCCUGUAAAGUUUUUUGAGCAAGGAAGGGCUUUAGAGUAGCCAAGGGCCUAGAAGACCUUCUUCAGGCUCCCGAGCAUGUGCAUUGGAGUUGCUAGCCUAGGAAUUUGGAGUUGAUCUGUGGAUCUGGACUUACCAGACUUUUAGAAGGUACUGACCAAAUUCAAAAUAAUUUGGGAUUUGUCCUGAGGUUGCACUUUUUAUUUUGCCAAAUAAGGAUAUUUAAAAUAAGUAUUUAGUUAUAUACUCUUUAUAGUUGGUACAUGCUCACGGUACAACAUUCAAAACAUACAAAAAGAUAUAUAUUGAAUAAAAUAAGUCUCAUACUUCCUCUCCAGUUCCUUAACUAUCCAGUUCCCUUCCCAAGAGGCAAACCGGGUUGCUUGAUCAUCCUUCCAGAGAUAGCCCACGCAUUUAAAAACAGGUAUCCAGCUCACAUAGAAGACAUUGACUACGAAGAAGGAAAAGUACUCAUCCAUUUCAAGCGUUGGAACCAUCGUUAUGAUGAGUGGUUCUGCUGGGACAGUCCUUAUUUACGCCCUUUAGAGAAAAUACAGCUGAGGAAAGAGGGCUUACAUGAAGAGGAAGGAUCUUCUGAAUUUCAAAUAAACGAGCAGGUCCUUGCUUGCUGGUCUGAUUGUCGUUUUUACCCAGCCAAAGUCACUGCUGUUAACAAGGAUGGUAAGGCAUUUGAGUUGUAAUUAUUUUUACUCAUGAAGUAGGGGGGAGUUUGUAAUAUUAGAGUCUGAUAGUAUAUUCUGAGUAUGUAUUUAUUGCCUAGGAAUCCUCUCUCUUCAAGUUAACCACUAUGUCAGGAAUUAGGAAGAAAUUAUAAAUGGAGACAAAUCUGGGUUAAAAAGAGGAAUUUGAUUCUUUGCCUCCUAAAUUCUAGUAAUUGUUUUCUAAAACAGUUAUGGUUCUAAAAAAACAGUAAAAUAAUUAUGGGUCAUCUGUCCCUCUGCUGGUAAGUGUGCAGGGUCUUGUCCAGGAGUUCCUAAGAGAUGAAAAAUAAGCUUUAAUAUGCCUUUUACUUAUUUGUAAAUAGCCUAGAAAUGAAGUGAACAUUACUAAACAUUUCUUAAAAAUAUGCUUUGUGAGGGGCACCUGGCUGGCUCAGUCAGUAGAGCAUGUGACUCUUCAACUCAGUCAUGAGUUCAGGCCCCACAUUGGGCAUGGAGCCUACUUAAAAAAAAAAUGCUUUGUGGAUGCAAGGUGAUUGAAGGUGGUCUGUAGCAUCAAAGUUGCUAGUUGAAACUGGGGCCCUGGGAUUUAGAGCACCGAGUUGGGAUGCCUUUGCCAAGUUUAUAACCCGUGAGGAGUCAAGACUGGGAACAUGACCCAGAGAGGCUGUUUUUGCUAGUACAAAGGCGGGAGGAUGGUUAAGAAAAUAAUAUGUAUGGUCAGCAUCCUGACACUGAGAGAACAGACUCUGGAUCUGAGUGAUACAUUUUUUUUGUAGUAUUUUCUAUCAGGUUGUUUGUGGUAUGUCCAUGACCUCUUAGUACUGCUGUUUGUGGUGGCUAUGUGGCCAGAUUGACUUUUUAUUCAGUGAAGUUUUUCAGGUAUUCAUUCAGCACUCUUGUUAAAUGCUGGACCUGGGGCUGAUCAAGUUUUGUUUGAGAAUGGGUUGAAAUGGUAAAAAAACGAACAUGUAUUUGAAUGUAGCAGAAAUUUCUGUUUCUCUU